ACCCCCCCCUCCCAUCACAUACAGACACGCACACACACACUUCUACACACCGGCAGAGACGCCAACAUCGCGAAACGAAUGUAUGCGAGCAAGAAACUACUGAGUUGCUCACACUGCAACUCGGUGAAUGCGCAGCAGCGCGAAGGAAGAUGAACAAAGGGCUCGCGAGCAUGAUGACGAACUGCAGACCAGAAGCGCGCUCGCCGUGCGAACUAGGUGCGUCGGUAAUACGGGCGGUGGUACGUACAGGGAUCAACAAUGCCGCGAAGAAUGAAUUACGUCGCCGUGGCCCUGGCUUCCUCCGCGUGUUCCGUCGGUGAUGCGCAGAUGGGAGGCUGAGUGUCGUCGGGGCCUGGUGCACGUGUUUGGCGUUGACGGACACCCGCGACAAACCCGCGAAAAAAAGAACUAGCCAUGAACGAGAAGUGCAGCUGCGUCGCCGUGCCAAAGCGAUAUUUAAUGAUGGCUCUUGUGAUUAUCGGCGUUCAAGUGGUCAUCUGGCAGACUGUCAGCUACACGGCGUACUGCGUCAAGUGGAAGGACUACUUCCCGUACCAGCAGAAGGAGCCUUUCGUCUACUCUCACCUGGUGGGUCUCCUGCUGUCGCUGCUGCCAGCCUCCCUGGUCAGCGUCGGCUACGGCGCCAACAGGGUGUUCGGCGCCUCCCUGCUGACGCUGUCGGUGCUGCUCGAAGUGGCACCGCUGGCCAUUCACCUUGGCAUCCACGGCCUGGCGGGAGCGCAGUUCCUCAACGGAGCAGCCGAGGGGUUCCUGGUGACAUCCCUGUACGGUGUGCUGGCCGACUGGACUCCCGUCGACGAACGAACGACGAUGUUCGCCAUCCUUACAUCCACUACCCUACUUGGAGGCCGGUGCAUGUUUGAAGCGGUUGAGUUCGAAUUCGUCACGUCGCCUGUGAUAUUCGCAAAUGUCACCUUGGGUCUCGCCUGGUUCGUGCUCUGGUACCUGCUGUUUUUCGACGACCCCUAUCACAACAAGUCGGUGACUGAAGAGGAGCGAGCUUCGCAUCACCGAGGGAAACGGCCGGGCGUUCAUCUCCUCCGGCUCACAGACAGCCACAGCUGGGCCUGGCAUCCUAGAUCUCCCCAAGGCAAUCUGGGGGGCCACGCCCUGGCCAUGCAUUCACUUCGCCUUCUGCCUGCGGCGCGCCGCGCGGUCUGGCAGGUGGGCGUGGCCUCAGAGAUCGCAUUACCACCGGUGCGCUCUCGGAGGUCCGAGCUUACCGAGCAAGUUUUCUUGCCUCCUCGAUCACUCAGCGGAGUGCCGUGUUGUGCCACGUGCUGCUCGAACGCGACGAGCCAAGUGGAAAGCAUGUACGAAAAGACCAUCACAAUGGAAUAG